AUGGGAACAAUCCUUGUAAUUAAGGUUUCCCCUAUAUCAGCAGAACAAUUUGAGGAACUUGUAGCUGAUCCUAAUUCGAACGAGUUGUUCCAUUACACUGAUAAACCUGAAACUUUUUAUGUUACUGACCGAAUAAAUUCUGGUGUUUAUGUAUUUACACCCGAAAUCUUUACUGCAAUUCAAGCUAAUCUGAGACGUCAACCGAGCUUUGCUUUGACACCUUACAGUCAGCAAUAA